GCAACUUCAUCUCGCUCGUCGACAACAACCAUGGCGACCGCUUUCAUGCAGUGGGCAAAGUCGCCCGAGGCGCGCAACUACUUCUUCUCGACCCACUUCUGGGGCCCGCUCGCCAACUGGGGUCUUCCCCUCGCCGCCAUCACCGACCUCACGUCCAAGGACGCAAAGUUCAUCUCGGGCCCCAUGACCCUCGCCCUCAUGUCCUACUCGCUCGUCUUCAUGCGCUUCGCCUGGCGCGUUCAGCCUCGGAAUUACCUCUUGUUCGCCUGCCACGCGACCAACGCGACGACGCAGGGUCUCCAGGGCGCGCGGUUCUUGCAGUACAACUAUGGCGGGAGCGAGUCGGCCAAGGACAAGGUCAAGGACGCCGUCAUCACCAAGUAGAGGUGACAACGAGCAGGGCGUGGUUGCUGGCGGUUCUCUUUCUCUUUCUCUCUUUCUCUUUUGGUCGUCAUCGCGAGGAGUUGGCCAGAACGCGCAAGCUGUGCAUAGCGCUUCCUCAUGUCUGUC